AUGUCUAGUCCAAGUCAAAAGACCUUUAACCCAGAGCUCAAACAAUUUCCACUUAAAGAAAAAAACUCAGAUAUGGCUGCUGAAAUUUUAUUCAACGAAUUUGAGAAUAAAAAAAAUAAAAUUUGGCAUUUUAAAGAUAAUCCUAAACUUAAAGAAAUAAUUUUAGAAGCUGAUGAACAACCGUGGAUAGUAAAGUUUGACGAAAACCAACAGUUAGAAAAAAUAAAGCCACAAAAAAUAAUUCAGGCCAUGGAUCAGUCUAAAAUUUCACAGAAUGGAUAUAGAACGCUAACAACCACUUCACAAGAUCUACCAAAAGAAUGGUUAAUUAAAGAAAUUGCAACUACAUUAGAAAAGGGAGGGUAUCAUAGUAUAUCUUCAAUUCUUCAAUUUCUUUUAUCCAAACUUGUGGAAAAUAAAGUUCUUAAUCAUGAAGCUCCUACAAUAUACCUGCGAAUCUCAGGUGAUGGAAGAAACAUUGGGAAGAAAAUAAAACAUGUGAUGCUAACAUUAGCAAUCCUUAAUGAUCAAAAAAAUCUUUCAAAACCAGAAAAGCACUAUUCAAUUUCUUUGUUUUCCGGAACAGAAAAGUAUACUUUCCUUAAAGCUGCUUUAAAACCAAUUCAUAAUGAACUAUAA